AUGCGACGCGUCGACGCGAGCGCGAGCGCGCCCGCGUCGACGAAGACGACGGAUGAUGAAUUGUACCAGUUCAUCGUUCUGCGGAAAGAUUUGGGACGCGCGCUGCGCUGGCCGCUCGGCGCGCUCGCGGCGCAGUGCGCGCACGCGGCGGUGAGCGCGGUGUGGACGUACGCCGAUCGCGAGGACACGCGAGAGUAUUGUUCGAAGGAAAACAUGGCGAACAUGCGCAAGGUGGUGCUGGAGAUAAAGAAUGAGAGUCAGUUGACGGCGCUGAGCGAAAAAUUGAAAGGAGACGGAAUCGAACACGCGCUGUGGAGAGAACAGCCGGAAGACGUGGUGACGUGCCUGGCGACGCGACCGUAUCGGCGCAGUGUGGUGGGGGGGUACUUUAAAAAGUGUAAUUUGGCCAAGGACGUGUUCGGCGCGGCGAAAGAGGGCGACUCGUCGUGA